AUGUCCGCCAAAUCGAUUCGCGAGGCCGAUGGCAAGGCCAUCAUCAGCUACCACCUCACGCGCGCCCCCGUCAUCAAGCCUACGCCGCUCCCUCCUCCUACAACUCACAACCCGCCGCCCAAGCUUGCCUCCAUCUACUUCCCCGAAGACGCUGAUGUGAACGGUGUCCUCGACCAGGCCGAGGCCACCUACCCGUGGCUGCUGGCCGAAGGCGCCAAGUUCGUCGCCAAACCAGACCAAUUGAUCAAGCGACGAGGCAAGAGCGGUCUCCUGGCGCUCAACAAGACCUGGCCUGAGGCGCGUGCCUGGAUUGCGGAGCGUGCAGGCAAGGAGCUGCAGGUCGAGACGGUCAAGGGCACGUUGAGAUGGUUCCUGGUUGAGCCCUUUGUGCCUCACCCCCCGGAGACGGAAUACUACAUCAACAUCAACUCCGUGCGUGAGGGUGACUGGAUUCUCUUCACCCACGAGGGUGGUGUCGACGUUGGUGACGUGGACGCAAAGGCAGAGAAGCUGUUGAUCCCCGUCAAUCUGAAGAACUACCCCUCCAACGAGGAGAUCGCCGCGACUCUGCUGAAGAACGUUCCUAAGGGCAUUCACAAUGUGCUGGUGGAUUUCAUUUCCCGUCUGUACGCUGUCUACGUCGACUGCCAGUUCACCUACCUCGAAAUCAACCCUCUGGUCGUCAUCCCCAACGCUGAGGGCACCUCCGCCGACGUGCACUUCCUCGAUCUCGCAGCCAAGCUGGACCAGACUGCUGAAUUCGAGUGUGGCACCAAGUGGGCCAUUGCCCGCAGCCCGACUGCCCUGGGUCUCCCCGCGUCUGCCGCCCCGUCUGACGGCAAGGUGAACAUCGAUGCCGGUCCUCCAAUGGAGUUCCCUGCGCCUUUCGGCCGAGAGCUGAGCAAGGAGGAGAAGUUCAUUGCCGACAUGGACGCCAAGACCGGUGCCUCUCUGAAGCUCACCGUCCUGAACCCUCAGGGCCGUAUCUGGACUCUGGUGGCCGGUGGUGGUGCUUCGGUCGUGUAUGCCGAUGCCAUUGCCUCCGCUGGCUUCGUCAGCGAGCUGGCCAACUACGGUGAAUACUCGGGAGCUCCUACUGAGACCCAGACCUACAACUACGCCCGCACCAUUCUCGACCUCCUGCUGCGCGCCCCGAUGCACCCCGACGGCAAGGUGCUCUUCAUCGGUGGUGGUAUUGCCAACUUCACCAACGUCGCUACGACGUUCAAGGGUGUGAUUCGUGCCCUGCGGGAGGUUGCCCAAUCGCUCAACGAACACAAGGUGCAGAUCUGGGUCCGCCGUGCGGGUCCCAACUACCAGGAGGGUCUCAAGAACAUCAAGGCCGUUGGCGAGGAACUGGGCCUGAACAUGCAUGUGUACGGACCAGACAUGCACGUCAGUGGUAUUGUUCCUCUGGCUCUGAACGGCAAGACGACCGACAUCAAGGAGUUUGGUGUCGCAUAA